CGUCGUUGCGAAGGGCGUCCAUAAAUGUAUAACAGUCCAAAGGAGUCUCCCAUUCCCGCACUCUCUCCCUCGACGCUCCAUGGCUUGCAAUCACCAUCAACUGCGUCUCUGCCACUCUGUCCGAAGCUCCAUUGCUUCUCUCUCCUCUCCUCUUCUUCCAACUAGACUCACCCUUUCCUCACGCACUUUGGCUUCCACUCCAAUUAGGGUUGGCUCUCCUUCCGUCUCCGCCACUUGUUUCACUUGGGACGACGUCGUUCGAAUCUCCGACUCCCAGUAUUCUUCGCGACACUCGUCCGACCUUCAAGGCUUCUUCGAGAAGAUCAGAGUCUGCAAUCGUGGCUUAGAAAAGCAAUCUGACUUCCUUCCAUUUGUCAUUGAGGACCAAACCGUUGGCUAUAUUCAUAAAGGUUUUUUUGAUGAUCACUUAAAGAGAUUUUCUAAUGUGUUUAUUUUCACCCAAGAUAACUCCCAUAUAAUGCUACACCCAGUACUGAGGACACCCAAUGAAAGGACUAGAGCAGUUGGAGAUGUAGUUAAAUGCUUAGGGGAAGAACUGAUUCCAGGUAUACGGAAGGAGCUAUAUCCUGUUGCAUCAUCCUUUGGGGCACCGGUGUUUUUCUUGCUGGAACGUGCAGCAGCUCCUUAUUUUGGGAUAAAGAGUUAUGGAGUUCACAUGAAUGGCUACACGGAAAGAAACGGGCAGAAAUACUUGUGGAUAGGCAAGAGAAGUCAAGUGAAGCCCACUUAUCCAGGAAUGCUUGAUCAUCUAGUUGCUGGAGGACUGCCUCAUGGGAUAGCCUGUAAGGAGAAUGUUAUGAAGGAAUGUGAAGAGGAAGCAGGAAUCCCCAGAUCAAUGUCUAAAGAAACAUGCUUGACUCACAGAGCUGUACCAGUUGGUGCUGUCUCAUAUGGUGACAUUGAUGGGUAUCGAUACAAGCGAGAUGUUUUAUUUUGUUAUGAUUUAAAACUCCCUGACGAUUUCAUUCCUAAGAACCAAGAUGGAGAAGUGGAGAGCUUCAGAUUGAUCCCUGUGUCACAGGUUGCAGAUGUUGUACGGAGGACACACUUUUUCAAGGCAAAUUGUUCUCUUGUCAUCAUUGAUUUCCUGUUUCGCCAUGGGUAUAUUGGCCCUGAUAGUUUAGGAUACUUGGAGCUACUUCAGAGCUUAAGGAGGGGAGAUUGCUUGUAAACUCGUAAUAUGACACAUUUUCCUUGUCGCAUUUUCUCAAUCUUCCCUUUUUGUUUUUUGUUUCUUUUAACUAUAAUUAUUAUUAUUAUUAUCUUUAAUAAUUGUAGGGAAGCUCAGACAACUUCAGUCACAGAAUCAACAGAGGAACUAUAUGAAAUAUCAGGGAAGUUGAUUGAUAUUAAUUUGUGAAAAUUGCAUCACAGUAAAUAUAACUUUCCUUGUUACCCUCA